GUAUACUGAGUUAAAACCUCCCAAAGACCCUAAAGAUUUAAAAGCCAUUGGCGUGCCCUUCUUUCUGCCGCCGACCGUUCCUCUCCUGCCCAAGCCGACCAAUUCUCCGUACGCCGCCGUCUUCUCCUCGGGCUUGGACUCCGUUUUGCUGCUUUACUCUCGGCUCGGCAACGCCUAUAUGGCGACUACGGAGGGUACAACUGAGUCCAUUGAUUCCAUAACCUUCAGUUUCUUAACAGAUGAGGAGGUCAGAAACCAUAGUUUUGUAAAGAUCUCAAACCCCAGAUUGCUUGAUCUCGUGGAGAGGCCUAUACCAGGCGGGCUAUAUGAUCCAGCACUGGGGCCACUAAGUGAGAGGACAACUUGCAAGGUAUGUGGUCAGCGGUCAACCAAUUGCCCUGGCCAUUGCGGCCACAUUGAUCUUAUUUCUCCAGUUUACAACCCACUGCUCUUUGGUUUUCUUCAUAAACUUCUGCAAAGGACCUGCUUCUUUUGCUAUCAUUUUAGAGUACAGAGGGGCCAGGUUGAGAAAUGUGUAAAACAACUGGAACUCAUAGUGAAAGGUGAUAUUGUUGGGGCUAAGAGAUUAGAUUCAGUCUCACUAAAUGAAGCCUUGUAUCCGGAGGAAACUGAUGGUAGUUCUGAAUCUUGUUCUACAAUUCAUUCUGGAGCACAGCAUCACAAUGUUGAGCACAUGAAGCAGCAAGGAUGGACAUCUCUUCAACUUUCUGAAGCAAUGUCUGUUUUUAAUAGUUUCCUGAAGCCAAAAUUUAAGAAGUGUAAGAACUGUGAGAGGGCAAAUCCUAAUAUUACCAAACCUACUUUUGGAUGGUUCCACACGAGUGGUAUGUCAGAUGCCAGUAUUAGAGCAAAUGUGAUUAGAGCCAAAAAGCUAGGAGGGCCAUUAAAUGGGGAAAGUGAAGGGGUGAUGGAUGUGGAGGAUCCAGCUGCUCCUCCAGAAAACCAAGAUACUAGUCGGAAGAGGCAUAAGCAAAAAGGUGGGCAAGAGGUCCUUGAGUUCAUUAAGCAGAAAAGUGUUUUCUCUAGGCAGCUUCUACCAACAGAGGUUAAAGAUGUAUUAGAGCUUUUAUGGGAAAAUGAGGCACGUCUCUGUUCGUUUAUAACUGAUCUUCAGCAGCAAGGGUUUGAAAAGAAAAAAGCGGGGCCCUCCAUGUUUUUUUUGGAGACCAUUUUGGUACCUCCCAUCAAAUUCCGGCCACCAACAAAAGGAGGUGAUUCUGUAAUGGAGCAUCCUCAAACUGUUUUGUUAAGUAAGAUUCUGCAAUCCAAUAUAUCUUUGGGAGAUGCUCACAUUAACAAAGAACAUUCAAAAGUAGUUAGACGAUGGAUGGAACUUCAGCAAUCUAUAAACAUGUUAUUUGAUAGCAAAACUGCCAAGGGCACCGGUCAAAGGGAUGUGGCUUCUGGAAUAUGUCAGUUGCUUGAGAAGAAGGAAGGUUUAUUUCGCCAAAAGAUGAUGGGAAAGAGGGUUAAUUAUGCAUGUCGAUCUGUUAUCUCCCCAGAUCCCUAUUUAGGUGUUAAUGAAAUUGGAAUUCCUCCGUGCUUUGCAGUAAAGUUAACUUAUCCUGAGAGAGUGACUCCCUGGAAUAUUGCCAAGUUGAGGAAUGCUGUGAUCAAUGGAUCUGAAAGUCACCCUGGUGCUACACACUAUGUUGAUAAGUUGUCGAUUAACAAACUACCACCUGCCCGGAAAGCACGGAUUUCCAUUUCACGGAAAUUACCUUCCUCACGGGGAGCUGUUACAGAACCAGGGAAGAGUUCUGAUUGUGGAUAUGAAGGCAAGAUCGUAUAUCGCCAUUUGCAAGAUGGAGAUGUUGUUCUUGUCAAUCGACAGCCUACACUUCAUAAACCCAGUAUAAUGGCACAUGUUGUUCGUGUAUUGAAGGGGGAGAAGACGCUUCGUAUGCACUAUGCAAAUUGCAGUACAUACAAUGCUGAUUUUGAUGGUGAUGAAAUGAAUGUUCAUUUCCCACAAGAUGAAGUUUCUCGUGCUGAAGCAUACAACAUUGUCAAUGCAAAUAAUCAGUAUGUCAGGCCUUCCAAUGGUGAACCUCUUAGAGCCUUGAUUCAGGACCAUAUUAUCAGUUCGGUACUUCUUACGAAGAAGGAUACUUUUUUAAGACAAGAUGAAUUUACUCAAUUACUUUAUAGUACUGGGGUGUCCACUUCUGCACCAACCACUUUCCAUGGUAGACCUGGGCAAAAAGUUCUAUGGUCACAAUCCGAAGAUGAGAUUGACACCAUUCAACCCGCCAUAUGGAAACCAGAGCCUCUUUGGACAGGAAAACAGGUCAUUACUGCUGUGUUAAAUCACAUCACAAAGGGUCAUCCACCCUUUACAGUAGAAAAAGAUGCGAAAAUUCCAUAUAACUUUUUCAAGAGUAGAGCCAAUGACUAUAAGCCCUGCAAGGAAAAGAAAUCUGGUGGAAGGGGAAAGAAGUCGGGUGAAGAUAAGGACCACAAAUCUGUUGGAGACACUCUUGAAAAAAAGGAGCUUGGAGAAGAGAAGUUGUUUAUUUACAGGAAUGAAUUGGUUCGGGGUGUGAUUGACAAGGCUCAGUUUGGUGAAUAUGGUUUGGUGCAUACAGUUCAUGAACUCUUUGGCUCAAAUACUGCAGGCAUUUUACUCUCUGUAUUAAGUCGUUUGUUCACUGCUUAUUUGCAGAUGCAUGGGUUCACUUGUGGAGUGGAUGAUCUUUUGAUAUUGAAAGCUCAAGAUAAUGAAAGGAAGAAGCAACUUGAAAGCUGUGAAAAGAGUGGCGAAUUAGUUCAUCGUAAUUUCAUUGGAAUUGAGGAUGAAAACCUUAAUAUAGAUCCUGUGGAAUUGCAAUUGAAGAUUGAAAAUACUAUUCGCUCCCGUGAUGAAGAUUCUGGCUUAUCUUAUUUGGAUAGGCUGAUGAGUAAUGAGCUUAAUACCAAAACAAGCUCGGGGGUCAUUGAUAAGUUGUUGUCUGAUGGCUUAGUAAAACCAUCUGUAAAGAAUUGCAUCUCUCUAAUGACUACAUCUGGUGCUAAAGGUAGCAAGGUGAAUUUCCAACAAAUUUCUUCUUUUUUGGGACAACAAGAAUUGGAAGGGAAAAGAGUCCCUCGAAUGGUGUCUGGAAAGACCUUACCCUGCUUUCCUCCAUGGGAUUGGGCAGCUCGUGCUGGAGGCUAUAUUAUUGAUCGUUUUCUUACUGGUCUUCGUCCCCAAGAAUAUUAUUUUCAUUGCAUGGCUGGUCGUGAAGGGCUUGUUGAUACAGCAGUCAAAACAUCUCGUAGUGGAUACCUACAAAGAUGCCUGAUUAAAAAUCUCGAGUGUCUGAAAAUUGGCUAUGAUCAUACAGUUCGUGAUGCUGAUGGAUCAGUCAUUCAAUUUUUCUAUGGAGAAGAUGGUGUGGAUGUUCAUCAAACAGGCUUUAUUGCAAAAUUCAAAGAAUUAGCACUGAAUCAAGACAUGAUUCACAAAAGAUGUGGUGGUCAGCUUGGCACGUUUAAUACUUACAUUUCGGGAUUGCCUAUUGCUCUUAAAGAUAAAGCAGAUAAAUUCUUUGAUGAUUUUCCUCUAAUUGGGCGAGUGGCUUCCAAUUUGGUGAAGCGUGAGGAUUUAUAUAAUUUAAUAAAGCAGAAGUUCCUCUUGAGCCUUGCACAGCCUGGAGAACCAGUUGGUGUGCUAGCUGCUCAGUCUGUAGGAGAACCAUCAACACAGAUGACGUUGAAUACUUUCCAUCUGGCUGGGCGAGGUGAAAUGAAUGUCACACUUGGAAUUCCUCGUCUGCAGGAGAUCCUGAUGACUGCCUCAAGUGAUAUUAAGACUCCAAUAAUGACCUGUCCUCUGCAAAUGGGGCAAACAAAGGAAAGUGCAGAGUAUCUUGCGGAUAAAUUGAAGAAGAUCACUGUGGCAGAAGUAAUAGAGAGCAUGGAAGUGUCUCUAUUGCCACUUGCUACUCAGGACAGUGAUUGUUGCAGAAUUUAUAAGCUUGAAAUGAAGCUUUAUAUACCUGCACAUUACCCAAAAUAUGCCAAUAUGUCCGUAGAAGACUGGGAAGAAACCUUAGAGGUGGCUUUUGUAAGGGAGUUGGAGGAUGCUAUACAAAAUCACAUGCUUUUGCUUUCUAGAAUUAGCGGCAUCAAAAAUUUUUUGCCAGAUUCACAGUCUAGGGCUUCAAAUGAGGCAGAUGAAGAUGGUUCUGGGGAGAGGUCACACAAGGCAGAAAAUGAUGAUGAUGAUGAGGAGGAGGACGAUGGUGAAAAGGCUGAGGAUCUUGGUUUAGAUGCUGAGAAAAGAAAGGUUCGAGCUACAGAUGAGAUGGAUUAUGAUGAUGGCUUUGAGGAUCAUCUGAAUGAAGUGGAGUCCAUAGCCAGUGAAGAGUCUUCUGGAUUUGAAAGUGAAAUUGAUCAAGGUGACAAUGAGAUUGACAUUCGUAAGGAUGCUGUGCUUGACAAUGAAGCUUCUGAAAGUCCUCUGCAGGGAAAGCCCUCUAAGCCCAAGUCAAAGAUUGUAGCCCCUGAGACCCCAUCUCGUGGUGAAAGCCAUUCUGAACCCAAAUCAAGGGAUAAGAAGAAAAAACAAAAAGCCAAACGCAGUAAAGGGCCAAAAUUGGUGAAAAAGGACUAUGAUAGAGCAAUCUAUGUGGAAACCAGGAAUAUGCACUUUGAGGUCCACUUUAAAUUCACCAAUGAGCCUCAUAUUUUGCUGGCUGAGAUUGCAAAGAAUUCGGCGAAGAAGGUUUAUAUCCAAAACCCUGGGAAGAUUGAGCAAUGUCGAGUGACUGAUUGCAAAGAAAAUCAAGUGAUUUACUACGGGGAGAAUCCAAAGGAGAGGGUCGAUAUUGAGCCUAAAGAAAAAGAAAAGUUUCCUGCACUGCAUGUAACUGGAGUGGAUUUUAAUGCUUUCUGGCAAUUGCAAGAUCACUUGGAUGUAAGGUAUCUAUAUUCCAAUAACAUUCAUGCUAUGCUAAGAACUUACGGAGUGGAAGCUGCGAGGGAAACCCUUAUUAGAGAGAUAAAUCAUGUAUUCAAGUCUUAUGGUAUCUCUGUCAGUACUCGACAUUUGUCGCUUAUUGCUGAUUUUAUGACUCAUUCUGGCGGAUAUCGUUCAAUGAGCCGCCUUGGGGGGAUAGCGGAAUCCGUGUCGCCUUUUAGUAAAAUGUCUUUUGAGACGGCUUCUAAAUUCAUUGUUGAAGCAGCACUGCAUGGCGAAACUGACGAGUUAGAGACUCCGUCUGCUCGGAUAUGUCUUGGAUUGCCUGUGAAAAUGGGUACUGGUUCUUUUGACUUGAUGCAAAAACUUGAAAUUUGAUGAACAAUCUUAAUUUCUCAAGGAUGCAGAUUCUGAUUUGCUUCCUGUCUUUUUGAUGUAAAAUUAUAUGUAAGAUGUAUGAUUUUUUGCCCCUAAUUAAUAUGAUUAGGCAUGAUUCAAGAUUU